AUGCAUCAGCUCGGCCGCACCAUCCCACGUCAAACGUGCCUGCCGUUUUGUGAAUGCACUUUUCUCGGUUGAUGCUUCUCUGCUGUCAGAUGUAGGUCAGGGAGCACAAGAGUGCAGUGUUACGAGGAGUGCAAGAGAGAUGGACGGAAUAGAGAGAAAGAGAGAGAGACAGACGGGGAGAGAGAGAGCAGCCGAGGAGUAGACGCCCAGCAUCGACUGUGGAAGCAGCUCAUCAUCUCUCUCCUCUUCUUUUCCCCAUCCUUCACUCUCUCUCAUCCCUGACUGGACCCUGCUUAAUCGCUCUUAUCCGGAGGACCACACUGACACUGGACCAUAACUAGUGCUAGGACCAGAACUAUCUCAGGCUAAUAUAUACUCCUCUAGACAGCUGGCAUUGACUGAAGUUUGCUUCAUUUUAUGGUGUAACAUGACAAGAAGCCAAAGGACCGAUACCUUUUUGUAGUGUAGACCCUGUUCUCAUGGAUGGUUUGCUCCUGAUUUUUUCAGCUGUGCUCCAGGAUGGAGGAUAUUUUGCCGGGGCAGAAUCUCUAAAAGCUGGACAGUCUCUGCGGCUGCCAGGAGACUUGGAACAGAAGCUUAAGGAAGCCCUGGAGGAACUCCAGCAAAGACCUGUCUAGGGCUGAAGUAGCACUGCCAGAAGAACGCUUAUAGUGUCAGAUUGCUUUCUGCUCAAAGGAGCUCAAACAAUUCCGUGUAUGCGUUUCUGUGCACGGGCGAUGGGUUGCGCGGCGAGUGUGGUCUUAUUGGAAGGUUUGCGGACUUUGCUGGACAGGAACUGUGCCUAUGUUUGUAAGCCAGAGCUGGAGGCAGCAGAUCAAGCAGAAGAUCCACGCGCUGAAAGCCGCAGAGAAUCGCUGGCACCGACGCCGCAAGCAGCACUGGUGAAGCCGAAGGUGAUCGAGCCACUGGACUAUGAGAGCGUUUUGGUGCAGAGAAAGACUCAGAUCCUCAGCGAUGUUCUGCGGGACAUGCUGCAGUUCCCCAUCGACGACUUUCAGAUGUCGACUCUGAAGCGGCAAGGAAGGACUCUGCACCCCACCGUCCCUGAGGGAGCAGAGAGGAGAGCCACCAGUCUGUUCGUCCAGGAGUGCAUCAAGACCUACAACUCAGACUGGCAUGUGAUUAACUACAAGUACGAGGAUUAUUCUGGAGACUUCCGUCAGCUGCCCAAUAAAGUUCCUCGGCCGGAGAAGCUGCCCACUCAUGUGUUCGAGGUGGAUGAGGAUGCAGACAAAGAUGAGGACGCAGCAUCUCUGGGUUCUCAGAGAGGAGGUGUGGCCAAACAUGGUUGGCUUUACAAAGGCAAUAUGAACAGUGCCAUUAGUGUCACGAUGAGGUCAUUUAAGAGAAGAUAUUUCCAGCUGGCCCAGCUGGGGGAUGGAUCAUAUAAUCUGAACUUCUAUAAGGAUGAGAACAUCUCCAAAGAGCCUAAAGGGACCAUAUUUCUUGACUCCUGCAUGGGGGUGGUGCAGAACACUAAGGUGAGACGGUUUGCCUUCGAGCUGAAGAUGCAGGAUAAGAGCACAUACCUGCUGGCUGCAGAUAGCGAGGCCGAAAUGGACGACUGGAUCAGCACCCUCAACAAGAUCCUGCACACCAGCUUUGAAUUGGCCAUGCAGGAACGUAGGAACGGAGAGCUACAUGACGACGACGACUCAGGAAAGCCAGAAAUCUCUUCUGGGAAUUUCCAGGACAGUUUUCAGAGCGCCAGAGACAUCGAGUCCAAGAUGCGCAGCGAGACUCGUCUGAAGCUCUUCAUGCUGGAUCCGGACACACAGAGGCUGGAUCUGUCAGGCAUUGAGCCGGAUGUGAAGCAAUUUGAGGAGAAGUUUGGCAAGAGAGUUCUGGUCAGCUGCAAUGACCUGUCCUUCAACUUACAGAGCUGUGUGGCUGAGAAUGAGGAGGGGCCUACUACUAAUGUGGAGCCCUUCUUCAUAGUGCUCUCACUGUUUGACGUGCAGAACAGCAGAAAGAUCUCUGCUGAUUUUCACGUGGACCUGAAUCACCCAUUAGUGCGCUCCAUGAUAUCUCCGUCCAGCGUUGUGAUUAACGGAGCUGUGGACACUUCACUCAUGCCCGCACAGCUCAACGGGCUGCCAGAGGGGGCGCUGCAGUACCCCACACAGGGAGUGUUCUCGGUGACAUGCCCGCACCCUGACAUCUUUCUCGUGGCACGGAUUGAGAAGGUCCUGCAAGGGGGCAUCACACAUUGUGCUGAGCCUUAUAUGAAAAGCUCAGACUCUGCCAAGGUGGCUCAGAAGGUACUGAAGAACGGCAAGCUAGCCUGCAGUCGGCUGGGCCAGUACAAGAUGCCUUUCGCGUGGGCAGCCAGGCCCGUGUUCAAAGAUGCCUCAGGGACUCUGGACAAAAGUGCCCGCUUCUCUGCCCUCUACCGGCAAGACAGCAAUAAACUGUCAGAUGAAGACCUCUUCAAACUGCUGGCUGACUUCAGGAAACCUGAGAAGAUGGCCAAGCUUCCUGUCAUCCUGGGUAACCUGGAUGUAACCAUCGACAGUGUCGCUCCUGACGUAACCAAUUGUGUUACUCCCUCCUACAUCCCUGUGCGGCCCUAUGAGAGUAAAGGGCGGGGUGGUGGGCCUCUGCUAGAGGUGGAGGAGUUUGUACCCUGCAUUGCUAAGUGCUCGCAUCCCUUCACCACCUACAACAACCACCUCUACGUCUACCCCAAACACCUCAAAUACGACAGCCAGAAGUCCUUUGCCAAGGCGAGGAACAUUGCAGUAUGCGUUGAGUUCAGGGAUUCUGACGAGGAGGAUGCACAGCCACUUAAGUGUAUCUAUGGUCGUCCAGGGGGACCUCUUUUCAGCAGGCAUGCAUACGCAGCAGUGCUGCAUCACCAGCAAAACCCAGAGUUCUAUGAUGAGAUCAAGAUUGAGCUGCCAACUCAGCUGCAUGAGAAGCAUCACUUGCUCUUCACGUUUUACCACAUCAGCUGUGACAGCAGCACCAAGAAGCGGGACGUGGUGGAGACACCAGUGGGCUCUGCCUGGCUGCCUCUGCUUAAAGAUGGCCGAGUCAUCAUGAGUGAGCAGCAGAUUUCUGUAGCAUCUAACUUACCCACAGGCUAUCUGAGCUGCCAGGAGGGGCUCAACAAGCACUCUGGUCCAGAGGUAAAAUGGGUGGAUGGAGGUCGUCCCCUCUUCCGAGUGUCGACACACCUGGUCUCCACAGUCUACACUCAGGAUCAGCACCUUCAUAAUUUCUUCCAUCAUUGUCAGAAGAUGGAGUCAGGAUUGGCCCAGGCCACUGAAGGAGAGCUGGUCAAGUACUUGAAGAGUCUCCACGCCAUGGAGGGUCACGUGAUGAUUAAUUUCCUGCCAACUAUUCUAAAUCAGCUGGUGCGUGUUCUAACGACGACCAAUCAUGAGGACGUGGCAGUCAACACCACUAGGGUCAUGGUCCACAUAGUUGCCCAGUGUCAUGAGGAGGGUCUCGAACACUACCUCAGAUCUUACGUGAAGUACGUGUUUAAGACUGAACCUUACUCAGCCACUAACAGUAAAACAGUGCAUGAGGAGCUGGCCAAAGCCAUGACCGCCAUCUUAAAGCCUUCCACUGAUUUCCUCACCAGCAACAAGCUCCUCAAGUACUCCUGGUAUUUCUUUGAGGCCUUAGUAAAGUCCAUGGCCCAGCAUUUAAUAGAAAGCGGGAAAGUUAAACUGUCCAGGAACCAGCGCUUUACUGCUUCCUUCCACCACGCGGUGGAGACUCUGGUGAACAUGCUGAUGCCACACAUAACUCAGAAAUACAAAGACAACUUAGACGCUGCCCGCAAUGCCAACCACAGCCUGGCCGUCUUCAUCAAGCGCUGUUUCACAUUCAUGGACCGUGGAUUUGUCUUCAAGCAGAUCAACAACUACAUCAACUGCUUUGUGCCUGGAGACCCCAAGACGCUGUAUGAGUUCAGGUUUGCGUUUCUGAGGGUGGUGUGCAACCAUGAGCACUUCGUUCCCCUGAACCUGCCCAUGCCCUUUGGGAAAGGCAGGAUAAUGCGCUUUCAAGCUUUUCUGUCACGCAGUAAGGAGACACAUGCCAAAUGUGUAGACCUGCAGCUGGACUACUCCCUGACCGAUGACUUCUGUAGGAAUCACUUUCUGGUCGGGCUCUUGCUGCGGGAGGUGGGAGGAGCCCUGCAGGAGUUCGGAGAGAUCCGUCAGAUUGCCAUCCAUGUGCUCAAAAGCCUGAUGAUCAAACACACAUUUGAUGAACGUUACGCCUCAAAGAGUCAGCAGGCUAGGUUAGCAACUCUCUACUUGCCUUUGUUUGGGCUCCUUCAGGAGAACGUACACAGACUCAAUGUGAGAGAGACGUCCACCAGUCAGAACGGGAAAGAAGAACCUGUCUCCAACGUUGCUGCUGCAACGCCACACAAGCCUGCUGGAAGCCUUGACAGCAGCCUGCAUAAAGAUGUGUUUGGCGUCAUCUCUGGCACAGCUUCCCCCCACACCUCCACACCUAACAUCAACGCAGUCCGUCACGCCGACUCCCGUGGCUCUCUGGUCAGCACGGACUCAGGAAACAGCCUUCCAGAGAAGAACAGCGAGAAGAGCAGCUCUCUGGAUAAGACUCAAUCUGCGUCUGCUCUUGGGAGCUCCAUUCUGCGCUGUGACAAACUAGACAGAGAAGAAAUAAAGAACUUGCUCAUGUGCUUUUUGCAUGUACUCAAGAGCAUGUCUGAGGAUGCUUUAUUUACAUACUGGAACAAAGCCUCUCCUUCUGAGCUGAUGGACUUCUUCACUCUGAUAGAAGUGUGUGUCCAUCAGUUUAGGUAUAUGGGGAAGAGGUUUAUUGCCAGGAGUCAGGAUGCAAUGGGAUUUCUGGUUCCAGACAGGAAGUCGUUAACUCUUCCUGUGUCUCGUAACAGAGCAAGCGUUCUACACACGCGUUUACACCAGCUCGGCAGCAUGGAGAACGCACACACUUUCAACCACACGUACGGCCAUGUCGAUGCUGAAACAUGUCUGUUAGAGGGCAACAUUUCCACUGAAGUCUGUCUGACUGUGCUGGACACCCUCAGUAUCUUCAUCAUGGGCUUUAAGACUCAGCUGUGUGCGGAUUUGGGCCACAAUCCGCUGAUGAAGAAAGUGUUCCAGGUGCACCUGUGUUUCCUGCAGAUCCCUCAGUCAGAAACAGCACUAAAGCAUGUCUUCACUUCUCUGCGCACCUUCAUAUACAAGUUCCCAUGUACGUUUUUCGACGGCAGGGCUGAUAUGUGCGCCUGCCUGUGUUACGAGAUCCUGAAGUGCUGUAAUUCUAAACUGAGCUCCAUCCGCAGCGACGCAGCCCACCUGCUCUACUUCCUCAUGAAGAGUAACUUCGACUACACCGGCAGGAGGUCCUUCGUCCGCACUCACCUUCAGGUGGUGAUAGCAGUUAGUCAGCUGAUAGCUGAUGUCAUUGGGAUUGGGGGUACACGGUUCCAGCAGUCUCUGUCCAUCAUCAACAACUGUGCCAACAGUGACAAGACUGUGAAGCACACUGCAUUCCCCUCAGAUGUGAAGGAUUUAACAAAGAGGAUCAGGACAGUGCUGAUGGCCACAGAGCAGAUGAAGGAGCACGAGAAGGACCCUGAGAUGCUGGUGGAUCUGCAGUACAGCCUGGCCAAGUCCUACACCAGCACACCAGAGCUGCGCAAGACCUGGCUGGACAGCAUGGCCAAAAUCCAUGUGAAGAAUGGAGACCUGUCGGAGGCAGCAAUGUGCUAUGUGCAUGUGGCAGCCCUGGUGGCAGAAUACCUAAAGAGAAAAGGAAUGUUCCGUCAGGGCUGCUCAGCGUUCCGUGUCAUCACUCCCAACAUUGACGAGGAAGCGGCCAUGAUGGAGGACGUGGGCAUGCAGGACGUGCACUUCAACGAGGAGGUAUUGAUGGAGUUGUUAGAGGAGUGUGCUGAUGGUUUAUGGAAGGCUGAGCGUUACGAGCUCAUCUCUGACAUCUACAGACUCAUUAUCCCCAUCUACGAACAGCGCAGGGACUUUGAGAAACUGGCUCACUUGUAUGACACGUUACAUCGGGCCUACACUAAAGUCAUGGAAGUGAUGCACUCUGGGAAACGGCUGCUGGGCACAUUCUUCAGAGUGGCCUUUUUUGGUCAGGCUGCGGGUUUCUUUGAAGAUGAAGAUGGGAAGGAGUAUAUCUAUAAGGAGCCCAAAUUUACUCCUCUGUCUGAGAUCUCACAGCGACUACUCAAACUCUAUUCCGACAAGUUCGGCCAGGAGAACGUCAAAAUGAUCCAAGACUCCGGAAGGGUUAAUCCUAAAGACCUGGAGGCCAAAUUUGCCUACAUCCAGGUGACACAUGUGACUCCCUACCUGGAAGAGAAAGAGCUGGAAGAGAGACGCACCGAUUUUGAGAGGAGCCACAAUAUCCGGCGCUUUGUGUUCGAAACACCCUUCACUGUGUCAGGCAAAAGGCACGGCGGUGUGGACGAGCAGUGCAAGCGCAGGACUGUGCUCACCACCACUCAUUGUUUCCCGUAUGUGAAGAAGCGAAUAGCAGUCAUGUAUCAGCACCAUACAGACCUGAGUCCUAUAGAAGUGGCUAUAGACGAAAUGAGCAGUAAAGUGGCAGAGCUGAAAGCGCUUUGUGCAGCAGCAGAGGUCGACAUGAUCCGGCUGCAGCUCAAACUGCAGGGCAGCAUCAGUGUGCAGGUAAAUGCUGGGCCACUUGCUUAUGCUAGAGCUUUCCUGGAUGAUGCUUGCGCCAAGAAAUACCCUGACAACAAAGUCAAACAGCUCAAAGAGGUCUUCAGGCAGUUCGUGGAGGCAUGUGGCCAGGCCCUGGGAGUGAAUGAGCGGCUGAUAAAGGAGGAUCAGCACGAGUAUCAUGAUGAGAUGAAGGCCAGUUACAGAGACCUGGCCAGAGAGCUGUCACUCAUCAUGCAUGAACAGAUUGGAUGAUAUCCACAGUUGAAAACGGAACGAAGAGCUCCCUCUCUGAUUCGCUGCACAUCUUCAAUGCGAUUAGUGGGACACCCAGUGGCUCCGCCCUCCACAGCCUACCCAGCUCCGCCUCCUCCGUGUGAUGUUUGACCUCAGCCUUCAAACUCUGACCAUGUCUGUAACUAGAGAGAGAAAUAGAGACAUGGAAUGAGUAAAAGAAUAAAUAAAUAUGACACUGAGGAAGAAAACUUGAAACAUGAGGACCACCCUCCUAUCCGCAUCCUGAACUUGAUCUCUCUCUAGAGUCUCUGUCUUCAGACUGUCUGUUCUGGCUAGUUUCACGAGCAAAGGUCAAAACCACUUGGCCAUGAGACGAAAACAAAGGUCUUAAAUGAAAUCGUUUCAUCAUUCAUUGUUUUAUCCUUUAGUAUAACUUGUCUGUUCUUGGCUGUUUCCUUUGGAGAAGUUUAUAAAAUCUCCACUCAGAACAUUUUCUUUAUUAUAUCUCACAGCAAAACCUGUAGCAGGUACCACCAGAAGAAAAGUUGUGUGAACUUCUGUUUGUUCGUUCCAGACAGAAUGGCCACAGUUCUAGUUUCGAUGAAGUAGAUGUGAUGAAUCAGGCUUAUACUCCCAUUAUCUUCCCAUGUCGUUGCUGUUUUACACAGCUAGAGUCUACCAGCAGGAUCAACCAAAGGCACCAGAGGCAAUACAGCCGUCUUAGAAACCAAGUGUUCUCAAGUUAAUGGAUGACUGAAUUACUCCUGUGUUCAAUUCUCAACACCUCUGGCAAACUUCACCAGCUAUGUACAGUCAAUUUUCAGCAAUCAUCCUGCUCAUGACACAGUCACAGCAUGUUGUAGACUCAGCCUUUACUUCCUCAUUUUUUUCCUUUCUUCACAUAACCGGAAACGUACUUGCUGCUAUGUGAAGGAUGACCAAGCAUGAGCAUGGGCAUCGACUGUUGUGGCUUAUUCUACAUGCUGAAUUUAAGGUCCCCAGACUUAACCAAACAUAAUAGACCUAAGCUCUUCCCUAGAAAAGUACUGAGUCUUAGUGUUUAGCUUCAGAUGCUUGAGAUCUUGCAGAUGAUUUAAAUACCAGCCUGGACACGUCUACACAGGUAGGCAUUCAUCUGAUCAGCCAUCCAUGCCAGUAGCCAGCUCUUAGACACUGUCCGUCUUGACGAGAUUAGUUUAUUGAGUGGAAAUGACUUAAAUAAAGGAGGAAGUGCUAUUAUGAUCCGUUCUCUAUAAAUAAGGAGUGCAAUAUACAUGCUACCAUGUGCUUUUCUUAUUUUAGUAAUGAUCUCUUGCCAAAGAGGAAAGGCGAGCUGUGGAGUACAUGGAUAAAGGCGACUGCGUUAGGAUUUUUAUACCCUUGUCUUGCUUGUUUAUUGUUCAUGUAAAUUGUUUUGUAUCUGGGAAAUCUGGGAGUAUUUUUAUUUAACAGAAUGUCCGAGUUCUGAAUUUGUGUAUGUAAUAUAUUAAUGUCCUUAAAGUCUUCUCUUUUUAAUUAAAUAGAAUUAUUGUCCUACAA